AUGAAGGUUCACCCAUCUCCAAAGAAAAGGGAUCUCACCGCCUCCCAAAAUGUUGUGGCUUUUUCCACCACCGCCGGCAACCCAAUCCCUAAGAAACUUAAGAGACUCCCUCACGUAUUUGCCAGAGUCCUGGAGCUUCCCUUCAACUCUGACGCCGAAGUUUUUGUCCAAGAAACUAAAGAAUGUUUCCGUUUCGUUGCCAACGGUGGGGACAUAACCAUAACUGACGAUUUUCAGGCUCAUGUGAUCGAGAUAUUACCUGGAGUGACAAAGAUCGCAAUAAGAGGAGCGCAGAGUGUCGAUCGCGCUUCGGUGGAGGAUCUCGACAUUGACAUGUGGCGUUUCAGGCUUCCGACGACGACUUUUCCGAAGAUGACUAGCGCGAGAUGUAUAGGCGGGCAGUUGGUUGUCACCGUUCCGAAAACCCUGAAUUUCGAAGAUGACGACAACUAUGGUAAAGAAGAAGAAGAAGAAUACGAAGAAGACACAAGCAAGGAGAGCCUGAGAGGGUAUUUCUUGUUGGGUGAGGAGUGA